GAAUAAUUGCAAUUUCAAAAAGCGAUUGGACGUUCGCGCGAUUGGAAUCCACUGCAGGCUUUGAGGGCGCGUAGCGCUCGUAGGGAUAUGAAGGCAGCAUUGCUUUGCCUGGUUGCUGCUGCUGUCUGCGUUGCAGCUGUGUUGGGCCAGAGCCAUCCUCUAACUGAUAUACCAGCUCCCCUGGAGGGACUUCAGACUGUCUUCUGGCUGCCAGAGUACCCAGAGAAGCAGUUCCCAGCUGGAGCCCUGGUGGAGGCUGUGGUCGGCGUGCACAACAAUGCCAAAGAGAGGGUGAAUGUGACUGCCAUCGUUGGCUCGCUCAACAAUGCCCAAGCCUUCCACCAGUUCUACCAGAACUUCACCUACCAGCCGCAAGUAGCUGUGGUGAGCCCUGGGGAGGAGGCGUCCCUGUCAUACUACUUCUCACCAGAUGAGAGCUUCCCUCCCAGGGAGUUCCAGGUGGCGCUGACGGUGUUCUACAACACCCCUGCCGGAAGCUUCGCGAGCACCUUCUUCAACGAGACCAUCGACAUUGUGGAGGUCCCCCCGCUCAUCGACGUCCAGGGCAUCUUCCUCCUCGCCGCCUUACUCGGCCUCCUCGCCGCCGCAGCGUACGGCGUGAAGUCUGCGCUGGAGUGGCAGGGCAUCCUGAAGCCGCGCAAGGGGUCCAGGAAGGUGGAGGUCAAGAAGAGGGUGGUCGUCGCCGGAGAGGAGAACGAGUGGCUCAAGGGCACCAACUUCAACCAGGGUACAAAGAAGGCCGCGAAGGGCAAGGCACCGGCCAAGGCAGCUCCAGAGGGAGCGGCAUUUCCAGCGGAUUCUGCAGCACCUGUGAUGAAGAAGACAAAGUGAGCGGGAGAGUGGCGCUGGAGAGACGGAGGCUUGGUGGAUGGACAUGGGAUGCAUGGGAUAUUUGGGAGGGGCCAGUUGAGGCUGUUGCAUGCAAAGGGGCCGCAAUUUUGUUCAGGGAUCCGCGGCAGUUGUGUGUGAUAUUGACCUGCCCAGCCAGCAAUACCUCUUGGCAAUGCAUGUGAGUAUUGUCUGAGGGACUGGGGACAAGUGGGAAUUGAGACCAUUGACUGUUGGGAGGGGCUGUCCUGAGAUUGUUGACUGUCUUACACCCUGCAGAGGACAUCAUUGGUUGGCUCACAAUCCUGCGCAUCCUCUGUGCUAGCCCUUGACGGCACAAUGUUGAUGAGUUGCAACUGUGUUUCUGAGCUACUUCAAAUACAAUUGGACAACCUGCAAAACAUUGGUGCAUCUGGAGGUGAUAUGCAUGGAUGCAACGCACCAACGCUUGUAAGAGGAAGCUCUGCA